AUGGGUCACCAGGAGCUCUACUGUGGCCAUCCAAGGAAAUUUGGCCUGGGUUGUCAUUCCUGCCCCAUCUGCACAAACCGGCAAGGUCUGAUGUGGAAAUACUGUGUCACUAUGUGCCUCCAGGGUCUCCUUCAGUAUGGGAAGAAUAUGGGCUUCGUUAAAUUGGAUUAUGUGAGCCACCUUGAAUGGGUCCUCCAAGAUACCUACUGUAAUGCCUAUUCAUUGUACAUAAAAUAAAAAUACUUCCAUUUUGAGUGUUUUAGUGUGUAUGUGGGGGGUGCGGGAGCAAUGAGAACAGUGGAAACAGCACAUGCAAAAGAUCCCAGGCAA